AUGCGGCGGGAUGAGCGCUCGGCGUGGGCGAAUUGGGAACGAAUACGCGAUAGACCAUAUGCAUUAGAUACAGUCGGAGUGAGACAGGCGUAUUGGGGUGACCCCCCCCCCCCCCCCCCCCUCCUCUCGUCCACACCUGCUGCCCUCCCUGCUGCUGGCGGCCGAACGCUGGCUUCGCGCCAAGGUGUCUCCUGCGGUGUCGUUGACACCAAACCACCGCUGCAAUCGUUGUGGCAGGGCUUCGUUGGCAAGUCGCCGUUCUUCCCCGGCGUGGAGGAGGCUGCGGUGGUGGCGGGGGCGGCGGGCGCCGGCUCUCCCUCUGUGCCGCCCGACCAGACGCAGGACGUGGUCUCCAGGCUCAGCGCUGCCGGUCUGUCGAUGUGCGUGAGCGCCCUGGGCUCUCCGGCGCGCUCGUCGCCCGUGUCCGCUGGCUCGGAGCACGGCGAACGCUUCAGCCGGAAGGUGUUCGUCGGCGGGCUACCGCCCGACAUUGACGAAGAUGAGAUCACUUCAUCGUUCCGGCGCUUUGGGCCGCUGGUGGUGGACUGGCCGCACAAGGCCGAGAGCAAGAGCUACUUCCCGCCCAAGGGCUACGCUUUUCUCCUGUUCCAGGACGAGAGCUCGGUGGCGGCGCUGAUGGAGGCGUGCAUAACGGACGAUGACAAGCUGUACCUGUGCGUGUCGUCGCCUACCAUUCGCGACAAGCCCGUGCAGAUUCGGCCGUGGAGGCUGGCCGACGCGGACUUUGUUCUCGACGCCAGCAUGCCACUGGAUCCGCGCAAGACUGUGUUUGUUGGUGGAGUGCCGCGCCCGCUCAAGGCUGUGGAACUCGCGAUGAUCAUGGACCGGUUGUAUGGUGGCGUGUGCUACGCCGGCAUCGACACGGAUCCGGAACUGAAGUACCCCAAGGGCGCUGGCAGAGUGGCGUUCUCCAACCAGCAGUCGUACAUCGCGGCGAUCUCGGCGCGCUUCGUCCAGCUGCAGCACGGGGACAUCGAUAAGCGUGUCGAGGUGAAGCCGUACGUGCUGGACGAUCAGAUGUGCGACGAGUGCGCGGGCGCCAGGUGCGGCUCGAAGUUCGCGCCGUUCUUCUGCGCCAACGUCACUUGCCUGCAGUACUACUGCGAGCACUGCUGGGCGACGAUCCACUCGCGGCCCGGCAGGGAGUUCCACAAGCCGCUGGUGAAGGAGGGCGCCGACCGGCCCCGCGCCGUGCCCUUCCGCUGGUGU